AUGGAGGAAGCCCAGCGCGUCGCACAGUACGACAUGUCUAACGCCGUGCAGUUCAAGUUCAGCACCGUCAUGGCUGCCACGUGUGACGAAGCUGCUUGCCCUGUGUGGGGUAUGAAGGUCGGGCUUCUUAAGUCGAAGAUGCUAUCCGUCAUGCGCGAAGGACAUGACCUUGACCGGGACAAGGUGGCGAUGCCGUCGUGCUGGCUGCGGUUCCAUUGA